AUGUCCAGUACUGUGGGAUUGUGUGCGGUAGCAUUGCUUCUAAUCUGCAUUACUCACUGGAUAUUCAAGCGGAGGAGCCCCAAGAUUGAUGGAAUCCUCCCUCCUGGUUCCAUGGGCCUCCCUCUCAUUGGAGAGACCCUUCAGUUGAUAAUUCCAAGCUAUUCCUUAGAUGUUUCACCAUUCAUUAAAAAGAGAUUGCAAAGAUAUGGGCCAGUGUUUCGAACCAGUGUUGCAGGUCGGCCGGUCGUGGUUUCGGCAGACCCCGAAUUCAACCAUUUCAUCCUACAGCAAGAAGGAAAGUUGGUUGAAUCAUGGUACUUGGAUUUGUUUGCAAAGGUCUUUAAACAAGGUGAGAAUAGGCCAGAUGGUGCCUAUAUUCACAAGUACAUGAGAAAUUUAGCUUUGGGCCACUUUGGUGCUGAGAGUCUCAGAACAAAGUUGCUAUCUCAGUUGGAAGAACUGGUUACUGAUUCACUACGGACUUGGUCAAGCCAGGGAUCCAUAGAAGUGAAACGCGCUGCUGCAGCUAUGACUCUUCAUUUUGGUGCAAAGCAGAUGUUUAGUUAUGACCCUGAAGAGUCUGCAGUAGACUUACCCGAGAAGUAUAUCAACUUCUCAAAGGGUCUUCUCUCAUUCCCAGUAAACAUUCCCGGUACUGCAUACCAUAAAUGUUUAGAGGACCAUGAGAAGGCAUUGAGCGUCAUGCUGGAUGUACUAAACAAAAGGCGCGCUUCGCCUGAAGAGACGCAUCAUGGGGACGUGCUUGAUCAUCUCAUCGAAGACAUGAAAGUUGAGAGCUUCCUAACAGAUGAUUUUGUGGUUCAGCUAAUGUUUGGACUGCUUUUUGUCAGUUUUGAUUCACUUUCAUCGGCACUAACAUUAGCUUUCAAGCUGCUCGCUGAGAACCCAACUGUAUUAGAGGACUUGACUGCUGAGCAUGAGGCAAUUCUCAGAAGGAAAGCAAACCCAGAUUCCCCAAUCACAUGGGAAGAAUACAAAUCGAUGACUUACACACUAUAUGUUAUAAAUGAAACUCUUAGGUUGGGAAGUGUGGCGCCCGGAUUGAUGCGAAGAGCAAAAAAGGAUCUCCAAGUGAAUGGAUAUACAAUUCCAGCAGGCUGGACUAUCCUGGCUGUUACAUCUGCACUUCAAUUGAACCCCGAGACAUUCGAGGAUCCUCUUGCUUUCAACCCAUGGCGUUGGAAGGACCUCAAGGCAAAUGUGGUCUCAAAGCAUUUCAUGCCUUUCGGUGGGGGACUGAAGCAAUGUGCUGGUGCAGAGUAUAGCAGGGUGUUACUUUGCCUCUUCUUCCAUGUUUUGGUGACUAAAUACAGGUGGAAAAAGAUUGAUGGAGGAGACAUUGUAAGGACUCCCAUCUUGAAGUUUAGGAAAGCCCUGCGAAUAAAGAUCUCAGAGAAGCAUGCUUGA